GGCGGAGGGCAGCGGGAAGGCUCUGUGGAAAGCAGAUGUUUGCCCUCGAGGCGGAGGCUGCAGAGGCCGAUGGAGCGGGAGGGCUGCGGGAGGAGCGCGGUGCGCUGGCGGAGCCGCGCACAGGCCGAGCGGGGAACAUUCCCAGCUUUGAGGGUUUCAGCCAUUUUUGCAGCAAAGGCGUUUUCAGGUGCCUUGAGCCGGAGGCUGGAGCAUCGGAGCAUCUUUAGACGUCUGGCGUGAAGAAAUCAGGCAGCUGCGCGUGUGUUAAGGAAGACAAGGGGAACUCGAGGGGGUUUUGUUUAUCCAGGGGACUGGAAGUGAUGCAUUUUAAUUAGUGUCUGAUGUGAGGGGGAAAGGAGCUUUAAGAAGACAAGCAUUCUGAUUAAAAUUCAGCCUAAUAGAGGACAGUAAGUGUGGCUGCCACUAUGAUAACUACCUUGCUUUGCAACAUGAUAUUUCUGCUGGCGUUUGGAUUCGCUUCAGCUUUUAGCCACAGCCCGAGGACACCUGACAGGGUUACUGAAGCAGAUAUUCAGAGGCUCCUCCAUGGGGUUAUGGAGCAACUGGGCAUUGCCAGACCCCGGGUAGAAUAUCCAGCACAUCAGGCUACUAAUCUUGUUGGUCCACAGAGCAUUGAAGGUGGUGCACAUGAGGGUCUCCAGCACUUGGGUCCUUAUGGCAAUAUCCCAAACAUCGUGGCUGAGCUGACAGGAGAUAAUGUACCAAAGGAUUUCAGUGAAGAUCAAGGAUAUCCUGACCCUCCAAAUCCCUGCCCUAUUGGAAAAACAGUUGAUGAUGGGUGUCUAGAAAACACCCCAGACACAGCAGAGUUCAGCAGGGAAUACCAACUGCACCAACACCUUUUUGAUCCAGAGCAUGACUAUCCCAACAGGGGCAAGUGGAGCAAGAGUUUACUCUUUGAGAAAAUCAAUGGUGGUCCAAAAAGAAGAAAGAGGAGUGUGAACCCGUAUCUGCAAGGACAGCGACUGGAUAAUGUUGUAGCAAAGAAGUCUGUUCCACAAUUUUCAGAUGAAGACAAAGUCUUCACACAGGUUUUGAAAAUGGCAAAGCUACAAAGAUUGCUCCAAAACCGACAAAGAGUCUUUAUAUAUUGUGGCAUAAAUCUGACAUUAGAACCUGCUGAUGCCCAGUGGCCCAGAGUGUGAGCAAUGGUCAUUCCUUCCAUCUAACCCUGCUGCCAGCCACUGCUGUAGCUACAAGGCUCCCAGGCAGCUGGAGGCUAGACUGUCAUUCCUAAGAGACUGGUGUUUCUUCAGAUCCUUGACUGUCCCACCAAUACUUCUAGAGUAAUCUGAGUUACAUUCUGUCCUUAUAGCUCCAGUAAAAUCCGUUUGAAUCACAAAAAUGAAACAACCAUGCUGGCAAUUUAUUUCAUUUUUUAAGCCCUUACUAAGGACAAGUGCUUAGUUAAAGGGGUGUACAGUAAAUAGUGGGCUUGGGAAGGGAAAAGAAACAUUUGCUUGCCUAAUAGUAUUGGUAAUCCCACAUGUAAUUUUGUGAAGCUCUCCAGGUCACUCCAGCCUGUGUGGGGAUGUGAAAUGUAACACUGCAAACUGGCCAGAACAGGGAUACCCGUCAGACUGCAAGCGGCCAGAGAAGCUGCCCUCCUGUGUAUGAUAGAUCUGAACACAGUGCAGGCAAAUCACAGUUCAGACCUGCUUUUAUCCUUAAAUGCAAGCAAAUUAAAAAAAAAAAAAAAAAAAUCUUUACACUGCACAAAACAAUGAUGUGUCUUACAGGAACUGUCUGCUGGAACAAGUCAAGUGUGUGGUGGUGAGCAGCUGUCUGCUGAGUUCAUCAGGCAGCUUGAGUGUUUCACCAGGAAGACUCAGCAGUACUAUUGUGACAUGUUAAUAAAAUAUAGCUAUUGCACCAUGAUAAUGAGAUUCAUUAUUCUAAUUUCUGUUUCAUGGUAGAGCUGUUUUUCAUACUGGGAUUAGUUAGACCCAUAUUGAUUAAAAAAAAAAAAAGGAAGCAAAAAUCCAUGUCCCUCCUACUGUUCCAACAACAGUCCAAACAUGUACACAUAGUUUUUUAAACAGAAUAAUCACAGUGCUGGUCUCAAAAUCAAUGAACAACGGUACCAACUAUCCCUCCUCACUCAGAGUUCACCAAACCAAUAUUUACAAGAAUGUAGAAAUUCUAGAAAUUACAUAGUAGCUGCACAGGCAUAAUUGUCCUUUUACCUUUAUGAUGCAUGUGAAUUAAGGAGCAUGUAUAUUGAUAGUGUUGUUUAGAAUUUUCAUCAAAUUAAAAGCUUUUAGAGUAUUUUAAAAUUUGCAAGUAUGUUAAUUAUCUCUAACACAUUAGAGACACGAUGUGCUUGAAGGAAGCUAUACAAAAUAAAGUGUAUU